GUCUUAAGAUCUCUCUUCUCUUCUUUAACUUUCUCUUCGAUUAUUCCGUCUCAACCCUUUUAUUUUUCUUUGUAUAAAACAAAGUUUCUAACUUCCUAUCUCAGCAAUCUCGUUCUACUCUUGAACCAUGUCGACUGCUGAAUCAGCUACUGCAAUUAACAGAAACCAAGUUGAUCUCUUGGAUUUUAUUGAUUGGUCUGGAGUUGAAUGCCUUAACCAAAGCUCCAGUCACCCUUUGCCCAAUGCUCUCAAACAGGGUUAUAGAGAAGAUGAAGGCUUGAACCUAGAGAGCGAUGCCGAUGAGCAACUUCUGAUUUAUAUCCCUUUCACUCAAGUUAUUAAACUACAUUCCAUUGUUGUCAUGGGAUCCGAAGAGGAUGGUCCAAAGACAGUGAAACUUUUUGCAAACAGGGAGCAUAUGGGGUUUAGUAAUGUCAGUGACUUCCCUCCAAGUGACACUGUUGUUUUAUCCCAGGAUAAUCUAAAGGGAAAACCUGUAGUUGUGAAGUAUGUCAAGUUUCAGAAUGUCCGUAGCUUGACAAUAUUUAUUGAAGACAAUCAGUCAGGUUUGGAAAUUACGAAGGUUCAGAAGAUUGCUUUGUAUGGAUCAACGGUGGAAACGACGGACAUGAAGGGGUUGAAGAAGAUUGAGGAUCAUUAACCCUGAAAGGAGCUUGAAGGAAAAAGCAAGGACAUGGAUGAACUCUUGUGGCUUGGGAUACUAUAAGCUUUGUUAUCCAUUUCUUUAGUUUUGGAUCGUUGAAUUACUGUGAUGAGAAAUCUGAAAAAUGUUAUAUUUAUGUGACAGCAUCAGCUUUUGACAUCACAUUGUGGUUGUCGUUGUUGUUGAUGUCUUUAAGGUUCUUCUGAUUGUGUUUCAUCUGGGUUGGUUGUCGAAAAUUCGGUUCAUUAUUUUGAUGAUGAUUUAAGUUCGUUUUCUUUCAUUUA